AUAACGAGACACUUUGUUGGAUAAUACCCGUAGCUUUAACACAGGGAACACAAUUGUUAGUGCAAUCAGCAUGAUAUUCAUAUUCUUCGAAUUGGUUGCUUUCACUGGGCACUUGGUGACUGGAUGUCUUGUGACCAUAGAUGAUGUAGGCACCACUUAUGCCACUCACCUGGAGCAAGUCACAUUGGAUAAGUCUGUCGAGGGUCCCUGGAUGAGUUACGUCGUGCGCAAUGAAACUGAAGUAGGACAGCUGCACUUUGGAAGGAUGUGUGAUCCAGGAAGAAACAAGAGCAGUGAAUUCGCGAAAGUAACUGAAAUCUUUAUGAAAGCAAUGGGGAUCGAAGAUUGCGAAAUGUUGAAUGCAGGCACAUACGUGGCACGUGAGUCAUUGAAAUUGGACUGUGGAGAACUUGAGAAAUAUGUUCUUGAUCAAGUGAUGCCGAUGGUCACAAUUAACGGAGUAAUCCAGGAACCUCCAGUGCAAUUUGCAAUAUCGAACGAAAACGAUCCUCAGGUAGAGAACGAGGUUGAAUACGAUAUCGCCCAUUAUCUCAUAAAGAUCGAAGCAUCUUUGGACAACGCAAAUGACUGAAUUUUCCUCCCGAAGAUUUUCAAUUUUCACGUUUAACUGUUUAGUUGAUCGGUAAUGGGUAGAAAUGUAUAUCCUUAAAACCCUAUUGGCUUGCUAUUCAAUCAUUUUUUUUCAUUCUCUCCAUCACUCAAAGAUGAAGGAGAAAGAAUAAAAAUUGAGGGAUCUAUCGAACUUACCUGUAAGUGACGAUUGAUCCAUAUUAUACGAUCUGCCUCGUCCGAAGAGAUCAAUCAUGGUAGUAAUGUUUUACUACGGUCUCACAGAAUUUCCAAGUUCAAAAUUUUUUUAUUUGACGAAUGCUGCCCCCUGUAAUACACCGUCAGUAUUACACCGCCCUAGUCUCAUUUUUAAAGUUCAUAAAUCAUAAUUGUGAAUUAAUAACACGUGUCGUCAAUUCUAUAGGGUGGGAUCCUGUCAAAGUUUUUACUUGUUGGGAGGGUUUGAUCUCUUCGGACGAGACAGAUCGUAUAAUCUGGAUCAAUCGUCACCUACAGGUAAGUUCGAUAGCUCCCUCAAUUAUACUUCACUGUCUCGUCCUCGAGAUCAAAUAUGGUAAAUCUUUAAAGUCAAUUAUGAUUUAAUAGUCAAGAGAAGGGGAUCUCUACCGAAUUCUCCUGGUCCGUUUAUGCACGAAGGUAUUUUUUAUUUUAUUUAUUUGUUUAUUUAUCCAUUUUGUUCUACAUUAACUGACUCGUCUAGUACCACUGCUCUAGCAUAUAGGUUAUUAUCUAUUGGAAGACUGUAAAAACGUCUAAAUACAUUUAAUCGUUCUGACCAGCCUGCAGCACUGUAUAUUUCGUUUAGACUCACGCUCUGCUGUCGUGCAUAAGACGUGGAUGCGUGGCGUGUGCUGUGUGCUGUAUAUAUAUUUGUAUUAAUACCACUUGCAUUCAAGACAUUUUUUAACCACCUACUGAUUGUCUGACGAAUCGCUGUAUGAAAAGGUUUUUGAAAAGUUAGUGAUAAAUUAUCAUUCUCUAA